UUCCGCCUCGCUCACUCACUCAGCGGCACCGUGGAGCUGGAAAAGCACGGACCAUGGAGCGGUCAGCGGGCACCCGCUCGGGCAGGGAGCUCGCCCUGGCGCCCGUACAGGACUGGGGUGAAGAGAUCGAGGACGGUGCGGUGUACAGCGUCUCCCUGCGUCGGCAGCGCAGCCAGCACCUGAGCCGGGGGAAGGAAGGGCCCGGGGGCGGCCAGCCUCCCCCUGCGGUGCCAGAUACCUUCCUCCAUUACCGCACCAGCAAGGUGCGUGCGCUGCGGGCCGCGCCCCUGGAGCGGCUACUGCGGGAACUUGUGUCCGGAGACCGGGAGCAGGACCCUGGCUUCGUGCCCGCCUUCCUGGCCACCCACCGGGCUUUCGUGCCCACGGGCCGCGUGCUGCGCUUUCUGCUGCCGCCACCGCCUCCGCCACCACCUCCUGGGCUGGACUUGAAGAGGCUACGGGGACAGGAUCUGGGCUGCAACAAGAACUUGAGGGCCGUGGUGUCGCUGCUGGGCUGCUGGCUGCGGGACCACCCCCAGGAUUUCCGGGAACCCCCUGCUCACUCCAACCUGGCCAGGGUCCAGGUUUUUCUGAGCUGGGCAGCCCCAGGUAGCCCAGAAGCCCAGGAUGCAGAGAAACUUCUGGAAGAUUUUUUGAAGGAAGUUGAGCAAGAACAGCAAGAAGAAAAGCCCCCAACGUGGGCAGGUCUGGCCCCUGACACCGCCGCCCGGCCCGGAAGCCCAGCCUCCCCCCGAAGCAGUGAGGAAGAGGAGGCAGGGGUCUCACAGGAAGGUCCCCAACUCCUGGACUUCAGCGUGGACGAAGUGGCCGAGCAGCUGACCCUUCUGGAUGUGGAGCUCUUCCAGCGCGUGCGACCCUGUGAGUGCCUGGGCUCCGUGUGGUCGCAGCGGGACCGGCCCGGGGCGGCAGGCGUGGCCCCCACUGUGCGUGCCACCGUGGCCCAGUUCAACAUGGUGACCGGCUGUGUGCUGGGCUCGGUGCUGGGGGCGCCGGGCCAGACGGCCCCGCAGAGGGCACAGCGCAUGGAGAAGUGGAUCCACAUCGCUCAGCGCUGCCGUGAGCUGCGAAACUUUGCAUCGCUGCGUGCCAUCCUGUCGGCCCUGCAGUGCAACCCGGUCUACAGGCUCAAACGCAGCUGGGCGGCUGUGAGCAGGGAACCCCUGUCCACCUUCCGGAAACUCUCGCAAAUUUUUUCCGACGAGAACAACCAUGUCAGCUGCAGAGUGAUCCUGUCCCAGGAGCAGGCUACGGAGGAACCCCAAGAAGACGGCGCCCCCCAAGGCAGCCUGACCACGAAGCCGUCCCCAGGGCCCAUUCCUUACCUUGGCACGUUUCUCACGGACCUCGUCAUGCUGGACACCGCCCUGCCGGAUAUGUUGGAGGGGGGUCUCAUCAACUUCGAGAAGAGGAGGAAGGAGUGGGAGAUCCUGGCCCGCAUCCAGCAGCUACAGAGGCGCUGUGGCAGUCACAGCCUGAGUCCCCGCCCGGCCGUCCUGGCCGCCCUGCGUGCCCAGCGCCAGCUCAGCGAGGAGCAGAGCUACCGGGUCUCCCGUGUCAUCGAGCCCCCGGCUGCGUCCUGCCCCAGCUCCCCACGUGUCCGGCGACACCUCAGCCUCACCAAGCGCCUCAGUGCGAAGCUGUCCCGAGAAAAAAGCUCGUCUCUCGCUGGGAGUCCCUCCUCACCCAGCUCCCCCUCCCCCAGUCUGUCCCCAGCAUCCCCCCCGUCGAGUCCAAGAACCAAGGACCCACCUCCAGGGAGCCCCCCAGCCUCACCGGGACCCCAGGAGGGCAGCACCAAGCUGCCCUGCAGCGCCGACCUGCCAGGCCCGCAGUCUUUGACCCUGGAGCUGAGCAGCGGCCGCAGCGCCCUGGCCGCCGGCCAGCAGCAGGCCUCCGGGUACCGAGUCAUCCGCGUCAGCCUGGACAACGACCACGGGAACCUGUAUCGGAGUAUCCUGCUGACAAGUCAGGACAAAGCCCCCUGCGUGGUGCAGCGUGCGCUGCAGAAACACAACGUACCGGAAACCCAGGCCCGGGACUACCAGCUCUCCCAAGUGCUGUCGGGGGACAGGGAGCUCCUGAUUCCAGACAACGCUAACGUCUUCUAUGCCAUGCGUCCAAGCAGCCCCGGGGACUUUGUGCUGCGACGGAAGGAGGGGGCCCCGCCUGCGCCCUCAGGCUCCCCAACUUGAGCCUGCCCUGUCUUGCCUCUCUCUGGGACACAGGCACCUCGGCAGCUUCUGCCCAUGAACCCCAGCCCUGUGGUUGUCACCUUGGCAGCCUGCCCGGAUCCCGCAGGUGUCAGCCCCCCUGGGUGAGGGGGGUAGAAAAGCCUUGUGGAAUAC